UAUGAAUUAAUUAUUUAUCCCACUCCUCUGGAGUUCUUUUUCUAGAAACUCUUCCACCUUUUUGCCUAAUGGUAGCAAUCACACUGAUGCAUAGUGCCUUCCUGGUGAAGCACCUUAGCCCGGAAUCUCCUCUUUGCAAUCCCAUGUUGAAUCUCAGCCAUACACAGUUAGUUACUUCCAUUCGUUCUCCUUCUAUUGAUAGACUCAAACUCAAAUUCGUUUCGUUUGGGAACUUCAAGGCUCCAAUCAAGGCUGCCCUCUUUUCUUUUUCAUCAGAAGGGAACCAUCACAAAAACACAGACCGAAUGAUCCCCCCCUACAACGUUUUGAUUACCGGCGGUUCUAAAGGAAUUGGAUACGCACUUGCUAAAGAGUUUCUGAAGGCGGGUGAUAAUGUCUUUAUUUGCUCUAGAUCAGCUGAAAGAGUGGACUCCGCUCUUGAAGAGUUAAGGGAAGAAACAGGGAAGCAAAAUGUGUGGGGUACUAAGUGCGACGUUCGGGAUAGCAACAAUGUAAGACGCUUAGUUGCAUUUGCAAAGCAAGACCUCAAGUACAUAGAUAUAUGGAUUAAUAAUGCUGGAUCAAAUGCUUAUAGCUACAAACCGCUUGUAGAAGCUUCUGAUGAAGACCUAAUCGAAGUGGUCACCACAAAUACACUUGGUUUGAUGAUAUGCUGUCGAGAGGCUAUAGAUAUGAUGCUCAAUCAGCCUCGGGGGGGUCAUGUAUUUAAUAUUGAUGGAGCUGGUUCAGAUGGAAGGCCAACCCCUAGAUUUGCUGCUUAUGGUGCAACUAAACGUAGUGUGGCACACCUUACAAAAUCCUUACAGAAUUGGAGAUGCAAGAUGUAAGAAAAGUUGUAGUCCACAACCUCUCAGUGAACCGCUGUCCAGGCCCAAUGGUAAGCAGACCGGGGGUCGGAGUCCAUAUACUCCAUCAGGAGUCCCCAACUCCCUGAGUCGAGAGUACUCGAGGCAAAAGGGAGUAGUCCACAAUUGUAUCCUUGGCUUCAAAACCUGGGGGUUGAACCAUAUAAACAUCUUCCUCAAGAUUUCCAUUUAGAAGGGCAUUAUUUACAUCAAGUGGUUGAAUGGACUAGUUAUGGGAGACUGUUAAGCCUGGAAUGGUGACAACUGAGCUUCUCAUGUCUGGUGCUACCACGAAGCAGGCCAAGUUUUUUAUAAACAUAUUGGCAGAGCCUGCUGAUGUGGUGUCCAAGUACCUUGUCCCAAAAAUUAGGUCUAUCCCUACAAGUGGAUCGACAAAACCGACUUACAUUCGUUUUCUCACUGGAUUGAAAGCAUAUUCCCAGAUAUUCUUAAGGAUUGCAUUUGGUGUGAGGAGGAAUCGACAUAUUGUUGAGGAUUGACUAGAUGGAAUCUGCGUGCAAAGCAUGUGCAUUCUCCAGCAUUUGCCAAUAGCAUGCAAUCAUAAAGGCCAUUGUGAUCUGUUCUCACUAGAAUUAGAAUUUGAUCAGUGCUGAGACAUUCAAUUCUAAAUAAGGGUGAACAUGGCCCGGUGUGGGGCGGUUCUCUUAAAAAACUUCUCUUAUCAAAUUACAAUUGUUUUACAAAUUAAGUACCGGUAUAGUUCCAAAUAUAAAUAGUGUCUAUCUCGCCCCGUACCCAUUUUUGGUACGGUACUUCAGUACCAGUUAGUUCAUAAAUAAUGUACACACUAAAAUAACGUAUAAACUAUAAAUCAAUAUUUAGAUGCUCAAUUUUAA